AUGGACACUCGACCAAAGAUCGAGCCGGAUAGGCCCAUCCGCAUCUUGUCUGUCGACUUCAGCGAUUCUGGCCUCCACUUCGCCGUGGGACUCGAGGAUGGCUUCCGUAUCAUCCACUCUGACUCUGGUCAGAUGUCCCUCAUUCAAGACCUCGCAGGAGGCAUAGGCCUUGCCCAGAUGCUUGGUCAGACGAACAUUGUUGCUCUGGUUGGUGGUGGCCGCAUGCCAAAGUUUGCUGCCAACAAGGUCUUUCUUUGGGAGGUCAUCAAGAAGAAGCCCGUCGCCUCCAUCAGUGUGAAGACCCCUGUCCGUGCCGUCCGCAUCAAUCGGGAGAAAGUCAUCAUCGUCCUGCAGAACAGUGUCGAGUUCCACGCCCCUUGGAACAGGCCCAAGGAGAUGCAGAAGGUGGCAGUUUAUGAGACUGCUGACAACCUUCAUGGCUUGAUCUGCAUGUCCGCAAAGCACAUCGCCUUCCCUGGUCCUACCGCCGGACACGUACGACUUGUCGAGCUGGCCACUGACAACGUGAGCAUCAUUCCUGCUCACUCAACUGCGUUGCGGGCUAUGGCUUUUAGUGACAAGGGCGAUAUGCUCGCAACGGCGAGCGACAAGGGAACCCUCAUCCGCAUUUGGAACACUCGAAACUGUGCUCGCAUCUGCGAGCUUCGCCGUGGCCUAGACAGCGCAACCAUUUUCUCGCUGGGCUUCAGCAGACUGGGUAAUAUCCUCGCCUGCACCUCUGACAAGGGCACCCUUCACGUAUUCGAUGUCCCCUCCCAGGAGAACUUGAAAGAUCUGCAGUCACCUUCGAGCCCAAUCAGCCUCAGUUUUCCAGCCAGCCGCCCUAGUGCUACGGCUGCAGCUGUCGAGGAGGGCCGUGGAAAGUGGGGUCUUCUAGGAAAGAUGCCCUUCAUGCCGCGGGCGUUCUCGGACCAGUACUCCUUCGCAUCUGCGCCUUUUGAGAUCGGCGACGAGCCCACCGGUGGCCUGCCUGCUCUUUCGAACAUCGCUAGCCUCGGUACCACGAAGCCCCCGAAAGGUAUUCUGGCUUGGACCGAUGAGGACACCAUCAUUGUUGUCGGUGCCGGCAUCGAUGCCCGCUGGGAGAAGUUCAAAGUGGAGCUGGAUGACGACGGUCGUCGCCGCGUGCGCCGCGAGGGUUGGAAGCGUUACUACAAGGACAUGUAG